AUGCGGGUGCUGGUCGCCUUGCUUGCCCUAAUCGGCUUGGCCCAUGCCAGCAGCUGCAAGAACUCGCUGUACGUUCGAUGGCCGGGAGUGCGGCUCAACUUCCGGGCCGUCGCUUCCGGGAAGCUAUCUCUAAAGGCAUGCCAAAGCGCUUGCUCGUUGGGAGAAGAUCCGGUGAUGGCAGGCAAAUCUCUCGAAUGCGCUGCCCUCAACCAUCAAACCUCUGUCGAUAACUUUAACCACCAUUGUGACGUAUUUCAGCCUCAUCAACUCCAAAAUGUCGAUGGGUUCGUCGAGGCGGACGAUCGGUACUCGUUCUACUGGCGGUAUUGCGUGGAUUCCCACAAGCAGUGCGGCAACGACCACGCCUUCACUUUCAUGUCUGAUCGAUACAUGGAAGUGACAGAGGUAAUCGAAGUGCGACACACAAGCAGCCUGGAGGACUGUCUGGCCGAGUGUUUGAACGAGGAAAAGUUCCCGUGCCGCUCGCUGUCCUUCAACCGAACCGACGGUGGCUGCCACAUGUCGGCCAAUAACCAGCUGACCAAGCCGAAAGCCAUUCGCCUAAACAACAACCCGAACUACCGUAUCGAUUACUACGAGAACAACUGCUACAAUUUAACGGACAGCUACAAGUUUGAGUACAAAUGCCAAGACGACGGCGUUCUCGUGACGAUCGACAGCAAGUUCCCGUACACCGGGGCUCUAUAUGGACUCUAUGACUUCUUUACGUGCCGCAUCGAACCGAAGGAACAGACCCGGUUCGAGUACUUCUUCCCCUCACCCACCAAGAGCAAGCGGUGCAGCGAUAGUAUACGGUAUAAGGGCAACGACAUGGUGCUGGACGUCGUGCUGUCGACAGACGGCGUCGAGCCCCCUGUGCCCGAUCGCUCCCUUAACAUCGACGCCGGCUCGAUCGCUCAAUCACUACCCGGAAGUUCCCCCAUCCACCAACGAUAUCACGGCCGAUCAUACCACUACUUCGACAAGUACACAGCGACCUACGACUACAACCACGACUGCGACGAGUACAACCACGACCACGACAGCCAGACCAACCAGUCGAGCAUCUACUGCCACGACGACCACUGCGACAAGUACGACAACGACCACUACGAAAAAGCGCGUGCGCCGGCCAAGCCGUUCGAGCCGCACCCCGCCCCGACGACGACGACGACGACCACGGCUGGGCCACCUGGCAUUGACCAACACGGGGCCAAGCCCCGGCAGCCGGUAACAUUCGACAUCUUUCACAAUGGGCGGCCAGUGGAAGCAGUUGUGGUCGGAAACCGGAUAAUUCUCGACUUCACCCCACAUUUCCCGAUACCACCUCGCUACAUGUCCGUAAGGGGAUGUCAGGUGGAGCCAAUUGAUCCGAGAUACGACUGGGAGAAAGAGCCGCUUCCCAUCAUCCGCGAUGGAUGCCCCUCAGAUUUGGUUGGACUCGCCUGCCCGCCCGCAUCCACCGAUCACGGCAUGAUGGUCUCAAUCGAAGCGUUCCGCUACCAGACGACUGCUCACGUACAGUACACCUGUCUCGUGAGGGUGUGCCCGUUUGCCGAAUGCCCGCAGACGGAAUGUCCGCAUGUUGAAGGCUGUGAUGUGGGGCCCUUCGCGAAGGGGAGGGCCAAGCGGGGGUUGACCCUGGAUGAUAUUAGGAGGGCACUAGAGGCAGACCCAAAUCUACAACGACAAAUUGGGCUAUCGUCUAUGCUGGGAAGGACACCGGCCAUUAAUACUGAGCAACAACUUCUCGCCCUGGCCGGCGACCACGUGGUGAAGCGUCGACUGGUCGUUGUCAAUUCGGAGGAUCAGUUACGAUACUACGUCCGGACCGGGCAGAUGCCA